UGCAGCAUUUCCUCAUCCACACUACUAGUCACAAAACAAUCUCGAAUUAUGGGUUUUCGGUUGCCGAGAAUUGUGAAUGUUAAGGCGAGUUCGAAACGGAGUGUUUCUUCCUCAGAGACGACAGUGGUGCCUAAAGGCCACUUCACUGUUUACGUCGGAGAAGCCAAGAAGAAGAGAUUUGUCGUUCCUAUUUCGUUCCUCGACCAUCCUUCCUUCCAAAGUUUGUUGAGUCAGGCUGAAGAAGAGUACGGAUUCCACCAUCCUAUGGGUGGUCUAACGAUCCCUAGCACCGAAGAAGCCUUCGUCCAUCUCAUUGGCAGUCUACAAAGCUCAUGAGAGAUGACAUCAAAAUGUGUAACCCUCAACUGACAAAUACCAAUUUCACAUAGGAAAUAGCAAGUGCAAAUGGCAGGUUUUUUUUUUUUUUUUGCAAUCCCAUUCCAUUUGUGAACUUAAUAGUAUUCUUUGCAACCAAUAGAGUUAAGCUUGCUCAUUUCAAGAAAGCAAACAAGUCCCCGUAAAGAAGAUAGGGAAUAACUCCACUCAUUUGUAGUCCUUGACAUGGCUGACGUCUUUUGGGAGGAGAGUAAUGGUUUUGUGACAAGUAAUAUCACAGCCAUUCUUUAUUAUCCGAUUUCAUGUCGAGUGACCCAGUGGAAACAUUUAUCCCACAUAACAAAGAAUAAAAAAGGAAAUCCUUGAAUUUAAAAGCUUCACUUGUAAUUUAUCCCCGUGAUAAAAUUAAUUUCCAGUUAAAAAUUAUGGGAUUUCUCCCUUUUGUAGGGUCCUUUUUCCCCUGCACAUUCCUAUGUUAUUUCGUAGUAGGUAUCGAUAGCGAUCGAGUGACCAUAAUAAACACAAACAAGGCCACUAAUUGACGGUGCCACUCAGUACAGGAUGUCUAAAGAUCCAUUUUUAAGAUGAACCCUCCACUGUUUAACCUACACGAAAAUUCUUAUCAAGUUCCAAUGUUGAUAUUUCAUCCAGAACAAUAUGAAUGAAGGGUGUUAUCAUGUUUCAAGCUUCAUUCAACGACCCAUAUCUUCCAUUUUGGGGUGGGUCCUUGGUAAUAAUUGAGCCAGGUAUUGUUCCAGGCUUGCUUUGAAUUUCCUGACCUGGAGAAGACAACACCAUGUGAACCACUUAUGAACCCCCUUUCAUCUAUAUAAACACACACCAUGAUUGACUUCGUUAGCAAAAUCCCAAGUUCAUUCUAAACAGAAGUUUUUCAUUCACUUUCCAAGAUCCA